AUGUCUUCCGAUACACUCGCCAGGGCAUUUUACCCAUCACGUCGAUCCGUCAUUAGCUGCGGAACAGUUCCUAUCGACAUCACUCACGGAACAGUGCUACUCGUACGGAAGCGCUCCACUAAUGAGAUCCUUCUCCCAAAAGGACGCAAAGACGAAAACGAAUGCUUGAAAGCAGCAGCUCUGAGGGAAACAUACGAGGAAACUGGUUACUCUGCAACAAUCCUGCCACUGAAGCUUCCCACACACGCUACAAACAGAUCCGGCAACGAACUACAUACAGAACCCAUUGCAGUGACUCAGCGUGUAAGCGACCAUGGCUUGAAGCUCAUCUUUUGGUAUGCCGGAAGUGUGAACUCGCAAAAGCUGCCUGAAAGAGGUACGCAACAAGAAGGAGAGGACUUUGAGUCGAAAUGGAUGGAUUGCAGACAAGCAAUUGCAGCUCUGACCUUUGCCGACGACAAAGAGGUUGCUCAGCUGGUGAUACAUGCGGUAUUCGACGCAUACUCCAUCCCUGAGGAUGCAGCAAGUUCUUAG